ACCGCAGCAGCAGCAAUGGCGUCGCUCACCAUGAUGGCGUCCCUCUCCGCCGUGGCGCCGGCGUCGGGGCGCGUGUCGUCGGCGGCGCCGCGCCGCGGCGGGCUGGCGGUGGCGAGGGCGGCCGCCGGCGGCGCCGCCGAGUGCCAGCGUGAUGAGGUCGCCGCCGUGGCGCAAGGCGCUGAAGGCCGCCGCGCGGUGAUGUUCGCCGCCGCGGCCGUCGCGCUGUCGGCCAUCGGCGGCGCCGGCGCCGGCGCCGCGUUCGCGGAGCCGGACGUGAAGAAGGGGACCCCCGAGGCGAAGAAGAAGUACGCGUCCAUCUGCGUCACCAUGCCCACCGCCAAGGUCUGCCACAACUGAGAUCGAGCUAGCGACGAUCGAGCCCGACGUGGUUGAGAGGGUGGGCAGCAUUCAGAUUCAGUAAAUAUGUACCGGUUUUAAUCUCCUGUCCAUUUAAAAAAUUCGAGCUUUGAUUAGAGCCGCCGCCCCCGGAUUGUCGCCAUGGACGGCCUCAAAGUUUUACGUUGUUGUAAUAUGAUCGUUGCGAAUUCGGGGUGAAACCGCUCUCUUUGUUCCCUUC